GGAAAAGUCCACUUCGGUUUUUCCGCGAAGCUCCAAAAAUCUAUGAAAUGUGUUUGCAUGUUCCUCUCUGCAAGCGGGGAUGUAGAGGUGGUAUUGCAAGGACCGAGAAAGCUGGGGGAACCCACGCGUUCAGCCUCAGAGAAAGUACGCUUUUUCCAAAUUAACUGACGGCUGAGAGACGGACCCUCGGACUGUGGGAGCCCUCCCCUCGGCUCCGAUCUGCUUUGGUUUUUUUUCUGAAGGCCCAUGGAAGAACGUGGAUGAGGGCUGAGCUGUAGUGCGGGCUAAAGGCUCCGGGGCCUGCCUGUUGGCUGGUUGAUUGGACCAUUUAGGUGAGGCACCACUCUCAACGGGGGCAUACAACUGACCGAGAAAAGGUCUUUGCUCCCCCUCCUCACUCACCCCUGCCCCCUUUCCACCCUCACCUCCAACCCUAGUCACGUACGCUCUGGACCAUGUCUAGCGGGCUGUCGGAGGGGGGCCGGACAGAGGACCAGGAGCGGAGCAACAGCAAACAGGACUCUCCUGUUAUAGAGCGCAGGAACCGCUGUGGCAUCAUCAGUGAGCCCCUCAGUAAGAGCCUUAAGAAGUCCCGUACCCUCUCCCAGUACACAGCAGUCUCAUCUGCCACCAGCUAUGGACACAAGGACAAUAGUGAGACUAAGCGCCACUCGGCAAAGCCUCAACCGCCUCCGCAGCCGCAGCCCACUGUCUCUGCUCUGAUGGCAGCCAAGUUGGACCGAACCCUGGAACAGGUGCUAGAGGGACAGAAUGGCCUGCUGCACUUUGCCCAGGCAGCAGCACUUUUGAAGCGGGCCGGUAUGGAGCACAUGCUCCUGCCUGGGGGCAUGGGUAUGGGAAUUGGCGGUGGAGAUUCAGGCUCGGGGGGUAGCGAUUUGGAGGGUACGUCUGUCACGGACGCCGUAGGUGGUCCUGUUGACUUCCCAUAUGGAAUUGGGGGUGGUUUCCCCUUCAACCCGGGGCUUUUCAUCAUGACGCCGGCUGGAGUGUUUCUGGCGGACAGCGCACUACACAUGGCCGGCCUGGCCGAGUACCCAGCGCAGAGCGAGCUGGCCUCUGCUAUCAACUCCGGUAAAAAGAAGCGAAAACGUUGCGGCAUGUGCCAACCUUGCCGACGGCGAAUUAACUGCGACCAAUGCAGCAGCUGCCGGAAUCGCAAAACAGGCCACCAGAUCUGCAAGUUUCGUAAAUGUGACGAACUGAAGAAGAAGCCCUCUGCUGCUCUGGAGGUGAUGCUUCCUACAGGAGCGGCGUUCAGGUGGUUCCAGUAGGACUCCUCCACUCCUACCCCAAAGCUCUGCCAUCAAGUGCAAUGCCAACCUCCUGGAUUGUCUCCGGAAACAGACACUGGCUAAUAAACAAAACAAGCAACACAUAAAAUGAUAGAAAAAAACAACAAAAAAAACAAAGCUGAACAAAAAAAAGAAUCAAUCGGGGUAAUGGAUGUACCUGCUUAUUCCUUGAACCAAAAUGCAGCGUAAAGAAAAGCAUUAUGGCAACUUUCAUUCCCUUUUCUAUGUUUCCAUUUUGGUACCUUUUGUCCUUUUUCCAGCAGGUUUUUUUCUGCCGCUUAAACAUAGAACUGUCUCAUUGCCAGAAACAGAAAUGACGGACUGAGUGUGGACAAUCAACUAAUUUCUGUGUUUGGUGUUAAUGUUGUUCAUGUGUGGAAAGAUACAGUACUUGUGUAGAGAAUGUAAAUUUACAGCUAUAUUUCAAAACUAGUGGCUAAUGGCAAAACAUUAUCGUAAUUCUUCACCAUUAUGUUACUUAAACCCUUGUCUAUUUUAUAAUUCAUUUAGUUGAAGGGUCUAGUUUUCAGACGGAUCGAUGGGUAUCUUUUAAAGACAGACAAAAGUGACACCAUUGAAUUGUACAAGUUAAACUAAAGUGAAAAAGUAAUGUUAUGUUAGGCCAGGGGUGUCCAAACUACGGCCCGGGGGCCAACUGCGGCCCGCUGUCCAUUUUGAAUUGUCCCUCAGAAAAUUCUUGUGCUAUAAUGGAAUAUGGCCCACACCUGAAACUUGUGCUUUUCUUCGAUUGUACUUUUUUUAAUAUAUAUGUAUAGUAAACAGAUAAUACACAUUAGUAUUCCCACUUUUCAAAUAAAUUCAGUCAAUUACAUUGGAAAACAUUUUAUAUCACAUCUUAGUUGAUAAAAAAAAGCCCAAUACCUUAUUUGCAUAACAAGUAUACCCUUCCUAUUUCCCCUUAUUAUAAGCAGUCUGAGGAUUCUGUUUUAAGGAAUGAGCUGCCAACACUUUUUGCAACAACAUAAGUGAAAUGUGGGCUGUUUCUUUUCUUAACGCAAAUUCAAGUAUCAAGAAUAAUUGACCUAGAUUUGAUUGAAUUUGAUAACCUAUAACUUCACUUAUGAUGCAAUAUACCUCACCUCUAGUGAAUGGCCCAGCCCUUUGAAUAUAUUUCUGUACGUGGGCCUUAGUAAAAAAAGUUUGGACACCCCUGUGUUAGGCGGAUCUCCAGAGACUCUUCUGGGUUUGCCACUACUGUAAUCUCUUCAAUCAGCCCUCUUCUGCAACUCCAAACUUUUCCUUUAGUGAAACUGCCAGCCCAAUGUUACUCUGGCCCUACUGAGCAUGUGCCAAAACUGCUCAGGGCAAAAAACGCUAAGAAACAGCACUUGCUCUGAGUCUACCCUACUGAACGCACUGAGACAAGAUUACAUUUCUUUUUACUUUGUUGGUUAUUUGUUAUAUUUCAUGAUUUUGUUAUGUUGCUGGGUAGCUACAGCUUUUAAAAAUAACCAAUCUUUGUAUUCGUUUAGAAAAUUGGACUGGUUUUGUGAAUAAAAAGGAAUGCAUGUAUUCGUGUCGAAAUUUACAAUUCUGAUGUUUGUCUUCUUGUCUAUUUGCAUGUUGUUUCCCCCCCAAAAAAAACUGCUGGUUCGACAAAAAGAAGCUUUAAAAAUACAUUUUCCAUGAGUUUCAAAAAAAGUGUUCCCUUAUCUUUCAUAAUUGGAUGGUGUUGGAAAAUUCAUCAAAGAUUCGGACGUGAGCAGAACUCAUUAAAAGUAAAUCAGGCGGCGGUAUGGAUGACCACGAUGUCCUUGGUUUGACUGAGAUAUUUCUCUCACUGCCUAUGUAAUAUCUUCCUACAGUGCAAUGACUGAUGGAGCCUUGCUAUGCUAAGAUGUAACCAAAAUGAUUUAAAAGAUGUUUGAAUAAGAACAAUUCUGAUUGCAGUGUUUCUUCAAAUUUCAUUACACCUCUGGGAAAUCCUCCCAAAUGAUUUUUUUUAACUCUCUGUCAAUCUUCUGAGCCUUCUCGUGACAUUUACAGCCAGCAAAUCUUUACUAGUCAUGGAUUACUGAUGGGAAGUUUGUUUUCAGAGCUAUUAAGUCAAUCCAGAAGAAGCCUGGAUAAAUUGUCUGGAUGCGUCAAGCAUACAUGGAGUAGAAGUUUGGAUAAAGACAGAGAUAAGUUAAAGCAAUGCUGAAUAAAACAAAAAAAAAACUUUCUGAAAUGUG